AUGUCGAAUUUCUCGGCGGGUCAUGAUGAGGGAAUAUAUGGAUACGCGGGUGCGUAUCCCUUUUUCGCAGUGGAUUUGGAGAGUGAGGGGAGGUUGGAUGGGGAUGCGGAUGAGAGGAGGUUGGAUGAGGUUGGAAAUGGUAAUGUGAAUGCUAGCGAGAAUGGGAAUGGAAAUACUUAUGCGAGUGGAAAUCAGAUGGGUAAGGCAAAACAACAUGUAAGACAUAUUUCUUCGGCUACGACGUUGAUUGUGACGAGAGAAGAGGAGGAUAAGGUGCAGGUUCCGGAGAAGGUGUUGAUUAUUGGGAAGUGUGGGGUGGGAGAUGUGGAUGGGGGUUUGGAUCAGUAUGGGGAUGGGGAUGGGGAUAUGGGGGAGAGAAGUGAGAAAAAUUAUGAUGCGGAUUUGGGAUUAAAGAGGAAUACGACGGGUUUGUCGAUGGGGGGUUUGGAGGUGUUGGUUAGAGAUGAGGAUGUAGAGGUAGUGGGUGGGGAUUUGGGGAGAUUUGGGGAUGGAGAUGGAAAUGGAGAUGGGAAUGGGCUUGAGGGGGGUCAAGGUGGGGAUGGGAGAGGAAAGGAUUUGAGGUGGGAUGAAAUUGCCGAAUGGAGACAGGAUAAUGAAUAUAUUCUUUCUGGAUAUCGACCCGAAACGAAAUCCUCACUCCGCUCCUGUAGAAGUAUAUUUUAUCUGCACAAUGAAACUGUAAACAUCCAUUCCCAUCUCCUCGGCGCACUACUCUUCACACUCCUCCCAAUAUAUAUAUACCAUUCAUUACUACCUCGCUACCACGAUGCAGCGACAGCGGAUCUUGUGGUUUUUGCGCUAUUUUUUGGAGGUGUGGCGGUUUGUUUUGGGUUGAGCUUUGGAUAUCACACCCUCAAUAACCACAGUCGCCAAACCGCAUCCUUUUGGAUCGAACUCGAUUAUCUCGGUAUCGUAGCUCUCAUGUGGGGAAGUACUGUUGCGACGAUUUAUCACGGAUUUAUAUGUGAUGUUAAAUUACAGAGAAUUUAUUGGUCUAUGAUCACACUCCUCUCCCUCACCCUCGCCCUCUUCACCCUCCUCCCUCCCUUCCGCACCGCCUUCUUCCGUCCCUACCGCACCCUCAUGUAUGCAGCCCUCGGUCUCUCAGCUAUAAUCUUCAUCGUCCAUUCAAUUAUUAUUUACGGCAUCGCAUUGCAAUAUAAACGAUUGAGUUUAGGAUGGAUUGCAGGCAUGGCGGGACUUAAUUUCGUGGGGGCAUUGGCUUAUUGUUUGAGGAUCCCGGAAAAAUACUACCCCGGCCGUUUCGAUUUCUUCGGUAAUAGUCAUCAGAUCUUGCAUUGUAUGGUUGUGCUAGCGGCGCUGGCGCAUUUUGCGGGCUUGGUAAAGAGUUUUGAUUAUUUGCAUGAGGGGAGUGGGGAGUGUGUUGAGGGGUAG